AUGCCACCUAAAUUUUAUCGUAAAUAUAAUUCUCAAUUUAGCAACAGUGAUGAUCAAUCUAGAAGUAAUGAUGGUUUUAAUGUACCUAAAGCAGCUUCAGCUAAUGCUGAAACAAUGUCAUCUGCUUUAACAGAUGAUUUUGGCGCUAAAGAUUAUCGAAGUAGUAAAGAUGGAACCAAUAAAAAAUUAAAAGCAGAUCAUAAAUUAAGACCUCUAUGGGUUGCUCCGGACGGACAUAUUUUUUUAGAAAGCCAGUCACCUGUGUAUAAACAAGUUCAAGAUUUCUUAAUUGCUAUUGCCGAGCCAGUAUGUCGUCCAGAUUUUAUUCACGAAUAUCAGAUGACAGCUUAUUCUUUGUAUGCGGCGGUGUCAGUUGGCUUUCAAACAAGUGAUAUAAUAGAAUAUUUGGAACGUUUAUCAAAAUCUCCUCUACCCGAGGGAAUAAUUAACUUUAUUAAACUUUGCACAGAAAGUACGGGGAAAGUAAAAUUAGUACUUAAACACAAUAGAUAUUUUAUUGAAUCUAAACACUCAGAAAUAAUACAAAAGCUGUUAAAAGAUAAAAUUAUUCAAGAGAGUUUAGUUGAAGAAAAGGGAAAAAAUAAACCUGAGGAUGCUGCAACUAUAGUUGCACAAACUAACAUUCAAAAAAUUCGAUUUCCUGGUGCAAAUGAAACACCUAUAACAACUACCGUUCCAUUAUCUAAUGUUCCCGAUGAUAUUAAUGAUUUUUAUACACAAUUAGAAGAAGAUGAAGAGGAUGAUGAAGACGUUAAAAAAUUAAAAAUUUUAACAUUUGAAAUUAAACAAGAAAGUUUAGAAGCAGUUCAAAAACGAUGCAUUGAAUUAGAUAAUCCUUUGUUAGCUGAAUAUGAUUUUAGAAAUGACACUGAUAAUCCAGAUUUAAAAAUUGAUUUAAAACCAUCAACAACUUUGAGACCAUAUCAAGAAAAAUCUUUACGUAAAAUGUUUGGUAAUUCUCGUGCUCGUUCUGGUAUAAUUGUAUUACCAUGUGGUGCUGGUAAAACUUUAGUUGGAGUUACAGCAGCAACAACAAUUAAUAAACGCGCAUUAGUUCUUGCAAAUUCAAAUGUUUCUGUAGAACAAUGGAAGUCACAAUUUAAAUUAUGGAGUACAAUUUCAGAAAAUCAAAUUAUUCGUUUUACCAGAGAUCAUCGAGAUGCGGUACCAGAAGGUGAGGCAGCGAAAAAACCAGUCGUUUGUUUUAGUACAUAUUCUAUGAUUGCAUUUUCCGGUAAACGUUCAUUUGAAGCAGAAAAAGCAAUGAAAUUCAUUGAAAGUCAAGAAUGGGGUUUAUUACUUCUUGAUGAGGUACACACAAUUCCUGCUAAAAUGUUUAGAAGAGUAUUGACUAUUGUUCAAGCUCAUUGUAAAUUAGGACUUACUGCCACUCUCGUAAGAGAAGAUGAUAAAAUUACUGAUCUUAACUUUUUAAUUGGACCUAAAAUUUAUGAAGCUAAUUGGAUGGAACUUCAGAAAGCCGGUCACAUUGCAAAAGUUCAAUGUGCUGAAGUUUGGUGUCCAAUGCAGCCUGAUUUCUAUGCAUAUUAUUUAACAAGUUCACAAGCUAAAAAACUUCUACUUGCUGUUAUGAAUCCACAUAAAUAUAGAAUUUGUCAUUUUCUUAUAAAAUUUCAUGAAAGAAGAAACGAUAAGAUAAUUGUAUUUUCAGAUAAUGUUUAUGCUUUAAAAAGGUAUGCAAUUGAAAUGGGAAAACCAUUUUUGUAUGGUGAAACAAAUCAAGAAGAGAGAAUGAAAAUUCUUAAAAAUUUUCAGAAUAAUCCAAGAGUUAACACAAUAUUUGUUUCAAAGAUUGCUGAUACAUCUUUUGAUUUACCAGAAGCAAAUGUUUUAAUUCAGGUAUCUGCUCAUGGUGGAUCAAGAAGACAGGAAGCUCAAAGAUUGGGAAGAAUUUUAAGAGCAAAAAAAAAUGCGACUGAUGAAUUUAAUGCUUUUUUCUAUUCGUUAGUUUCACAAGAUACAGUGGAAAUGGGAUAUUCAAGAAAAAGACAACGUUUCUUAGUUAAUCAAGGAUAUGCAUACAAAGUUGUAAAUCAACUGCCAGGUAUUGAAAAAGAAGAUUUAAAGUUGGCAACUAAAGAAGAACAACUCACUUUAUUAAGAGAUGUUUUAAGAACAAACGAUGCUGAUGCUGAAGAAGAAAGAACGAAGGAUGAUCUUUAUGAUGGAAUCCGUGAUUCCAAUUACUCUAAAAGAGAAGGUGAUCAUGUUCAUUCUGGUGGUUAUGGAGGAAGUUAUUCAGUAGCGAAAGGAAAUGUCGAAAGCAGACAUCCAUUGUUUAAAAGAUUUAGAAGCUAA